AUGGAGCAGAAAGAGUUGCUCUUUAAAGGAUGCAACUUCUUCAGACAAAGACUUGCUUACUCAUUACUAAGUGGUCAUUCGGUGAUUAUCUCCGAGAUACGUCCCUGUGAUGAUGAGCCUGGAAUAAAGGAUUUCGAAUCAAAACUUUUAUUAUUGUUGGAAAAGAUAACUAAUGGUACGCGAAUCAGAAUCAACCAUACAGGUACCGAGGUUGCAUUCUCGCCUGGCAUGAUCACGGGUGGAAAACUCACUUUUGAUUGUGGUAGUGACCGAUGUAUAAGUUACUACCUGGAACCCUUGUUGAUGCUUGCUCCCUUUUGCAAAUAUCCACUCAACGUAAAACUGCAAGGAGUAACCAACGCUCCAUGUGAAUUGAGCGUUGACGCCAUUCGUGCAACAUGGCUUCCAGUUUUCAAUAAAUUUGUAUUCGCAUCUGAUUUACCAGAAAUUAAGAUUGUUGCUCGAGGUUACAAACCGGAUGGUGGUGGAUGCGUACUGUUGACUGCACCAACAAUAAGAACUUUUCGUCCAGUACAGUGUAAAACAAUGGGAAAAAUAUGCAAAAUACGCGGAAUGGCGUCUGUUUCUAAAGUUUCUCCAUCUAUAGCACAUCGUAUGAUUGACGCAGCAAAACAGAAUCUUCGUGAUUACAUUGCUGACAUUUAUAUCACUGUUGACCAAAGAAAAGGAGCAUCUGGUGGGAGCUCCCCUGGCUUUGGUCUUUUUUUAACUGCCGAAACUACGGAAGGAAUUGUUUAUCAUGGUGAAGCUGUAUCAAAACCGAAAGGUGAACAAGGCGACCCAGUUCUGCCGGAAGACGUUGGGCACACCGCUGCUUGCAACUUAUUGGAUCAGAUCUUUGCUGGAGGAUGUCUUGACACGACAGCUCAAACUCUAGCGGUGACUUUCAUGACACUUUGCGAAAAGGAUGUCAGUACAUAUCUUUUUGGGCCCCUGUCUUCCUAUUGUAUUUUCACAUUGCGGAACUUGAAGAAGUAUUUCGAAAUAAGUUUUAAAAUGGACAAUUGGAACGAGCUGUGCGAAGAUAAAGAGCAGAGAUUAGGUUCCAAUGAGAAGGUCCUGAUGACUUGUAUUGGUAUUGGAUUCAGUAAUUUGAAUAAAAUUGUAUUGUGA